UGUACUGACAACUCCAUGCAGUUCGGAACCAGAACGACUACAGCUGAACCAGGGUUCAUGGGGACAUGGCAAAACGCUGAUACUAACCUCUUAUUCAGAAUGUCCCAACAGGUUCCAGUGGCAUGUGCUGGCAGAGUGCUGGGUGCAGACUUUUGCCCAAACCUGGAGGAGCCAGACCAGAGGCUGGAAGUCCAGGCCAUCCGUUGCACACUGGUAAACUGCACGUGUGAAUGUUUUCAGCCAGGGAAGAUUAACCUGAGGACUUGCGAUCAGUGUAAACAUGGCUGGGUGGCACAUGCCUUGGAUAAACUCAGCACGCAGCAUCUAUACCACCCCACCCAGGUGGAGAUCGUGCAGUCCAACGUGGUGUUCGACAUCAGCAGCCUGAUGCUCUACGGGACGCAGGCGGUGCCGGUGCGGCUAAAGAUCCUGCUAGACCGUCUCUUCAGUGUCCUGAAGCAAGAGGAGGUGCUGCACAUCUUGCACGGCCUGGGCUGGACUCUGCGGGAUUACGUCCGGGGGUACAUCCUUCAGGAUGCUGCCGGCAAGGUACUGGACCGCUGGGCCAUCAUGUCUCGAGAAGAGGAAAUCAUCACCCUUCAGCAGUUUCUGCGGUUUGGAGAAACCAAGUCCAUUGUGGAGCUGAUGGCAAUUCAGGAGAAAGAAGGGCAGGCCGUAGCUGUACCAUCUUCAAAGACAGACUCAGACAUAAGGACUUUCAUUGAGAGCAAUAAUCGCACCCGGAGUCCCAGCCUUCUUGCUCAUCUAGAGAACAGCAACCCUUCCAGCAUUCAUCACUUUGAAAACAUCCCCAACAGCCUUGCAUUUCUGCUUCCAUUCCAGUACAUAAACCCAGUCUCGGCCCCACUGCUAGGAUUGCCCCCAAACGGGUUACUGUUAGAGCAACCGGGACUGAGGCUGCGGGAACCAAGCCUUUCAACCCAGAAUGAAUACAAUGAGAGCAGUGAAUCUGAAGUAUCUCCCACACCUUACAAGAACGACCAGACACCCAAUAGAAAUGCCCUGACCAGCAUUACUAAUGUGGAGCCCAAAACCGAGCCAGCCUGCGUAUCCCCCAUUCAGAAUUCUGCCCCAGUCAGUGAUCUGACCAAAACUGAACACCCAAAAAGCUCAUUUCGGAUUCACCGGAUGAGAAGGAUGGGGUCAGCCUCCAGGAAAGGAAGAGUGUUCUGUAACGCAUGUGGGAAGACAUUCUAUGACAAAGGUACUCUCAAAAUUCAUUAUAAUGCUGUUCACCUGAAGAUCAAACACCGAUGCACCAUCGAAGGUUGCAACAUGGUCUUUAGCUCCCUCCGAAGCCGGAAUCGCCACAGCGCAAACCCUAAUCCUCGCCUUCACAUGCCCAUGCUACGAAAUAACCGAGACAAAGAUUUAAUUCGGGCCACAUCAGGAGCUGCCACCCCUGUCAUAGCAAGUACAAAAUCAAAUCUCACACUCACAAGUCCUGGCCGGCCCCCCAUGGGUUUUACCACUCCCCCACUAGACCCCGUCUUACAGAAUCCUCUGCCUAGCCAGCUGGUGUUUUCUGGGCUAAAGACUGUACAGCCAGUUCCUCCAUUUUAUAGAAGUUUACUCACUCCGGGGGAAAUGGUGAGUCCUCCAACCUCCCUCCCGACCAGUCCCAUCAUUCCAGCCAGUGGUACCAUAGAGCAGCACCCCCCACCACCCUCUGAGCCCACAGCACCAGUAGUGAUGAUGGCCACUCAUGAGCCCAGUGCCGACCUGGCACCCAAGAAGAAGCCCAGGAAGUCCAGCAUGCCUGUGAAGAUUGAGAAGGAGAUCAUUGAUACCGCUGAUGAGUUCGAUGACGAAGACGACGACCCCAACGAUGGUGCAGCUGUGGUCAACGACGUGAGCCAUGACAAUCAUUGCCACUCCCAAGAGGAGAUGAGUCCAGGCAUGUCUGUGAAGGACUUUUCUAAACAUAGCAGGACCCGGUGCAUUUCAAGGACUGAAAUAAGAAGGGCUGACAGCAUGACUUCUGAGGACCAAGAACCUGAGCGGGACUAUGAGAAUGAGUCCGAGUCUUCAGAGCCCAAACUAGGUGAGGAGUCCAUGGAAGGGGAUGAGCACAUUCACAGUGAAGUGAGCGAAAAAGUCCUGAUGAGCAGUGAGAGGCCUGAUGAGAACCACAGUGAGUCCUCUCACCAGGAUGUCAUCAAGGUGAAGGAAGAAUUCACAGAUCCCACAUACGACAUGUUUUACAUGAGCCAGUAUGGACUGUACAAUGGUGGGGGGGCCAGCAUGGCAGCCCUGCAUGAAAGUUUUACAUCGUCUCUGAAUUAUGGCAGCCCUCAAAAGUUCUCCCCAGAAGGCGACCUGUGUUCUAGCCCAGACCCCAAAAUCUGUUACGUGUGCAAGAAGAGUUUCAAAAGCUCCUACAGUGUGAAGCUCCACUACAGGAAUGUUCACUUAAAAGAGAUGCAUGUCUGCACGGUGGCUGGCUGCAACGCUGCCUUCCCCUCUCGCCGAAGCAGAGACAGACACAGUGCCAACAUAAACCUGCAUCGCAAACUGUUGACCAAAGAACUCGAUGACAUGGGCCUGGACUCAGCGCAGCCCUCCCUUAGCAAGGACCUCCGGGAUGAAUUUUUGAUGAAGAUCUAUGGUGCCCAGCACCCACUGGGGCUCGAUGUCAGGGAAGACGCCUCCUCUCCCGCAGGGACUGAAGACUCCCACCUGAAUGGGUACGGGAGAGGCAUGGCGGAGGACUACAUGGUCCUUGACCUGAGCACCACCUCCAGUCUCCAGUCCAGCAGCAGCAUCCAUUCCUCCCGAGAAUCCGACGCAGGCAGCGACGAGGGCAUUCUUCUCGACGACAUUGACGGGGCGAGUGACAGUGGGGAGUCGGCACACAAGGCCGAGGCCCCUGCCCUCCCUGGCAGUCUAGGGGCCGAAGUUCCAGGAUCUCUGAUGUUCAACAGCUUGUCCGGGAGCAAUGGUGGGAUCAUGUGCAACAUUUGUCACAAAAUGUACAGCAACAAGGGGACCCUGAGAGUGCACUACAAAACUGUGCAUUUGCGAGAAAUGCACAAGUGCAAAGUCCCUGGUUGCAAUAUGAUGUUUUCCUCUGUGCGAAGCCGAAACCGGCACAGUCAGAACCCUAAUCUCCACAAAAACAUUCCCUUCACUUCCGUCGAUUAGUCUCAGAACGGACAUUACAAAUGCCAGCUCUCACCAGAUGGCCUACGUAUUUGA